UUUCUGGAUGACGUCAGGAGACCUUACCGGCCACCGUAUGAUGUCGUGGCGUUUGCUGACGUUCAGUAACUAGCAGUAACAGUUACACGGUUCCCGUUAGCUCUAAUUUGUCUCACAGCCUGACUGUUUUUUCUUCUUCUCAAGUAUUACCUUCUUUCUCUGACCUGACAGUUUUACCUUCAGUUGUUCAGGAUGAGGCGCGCGGGUUUGGGUAAGACACGGACGUGCAGCUUGUUUGUAUGAUCAGGAUUAGCUUACUGGCUGCUUAGCGAGCUAACCCUAGCUAAUAUGAGAUCUGUUGUUGUGAACCCCUAUAUAACUCUACGCAACUUAAUAGCUUUACUACUAUGAAAGUGUAGUUUAACUGUCAUUAUACUAAUCAAACGGUUCAUUAAUUAUCGUAUUUGCCUCACUCAGGUGAAGGAGGCUCUGGUAACUAUGUAGCAAGUGGAUACAGUGUGUAUGAAGAGGAAAAUGAACACCUGCAGGAGGGACUAAGGGACAAAGUCAAAGCCCUGAAAAGUGUAAGUAACAUUAUUAACACUUUAACUUGUAGUGUUAACAGUGAUGAGUGAUUCAGGGACAAAUCACAUGAAUUCAUGACGCGUAAUGACCCAGUUGUUGAUCCACUUUCACAGCAUGUUUUCUUGAUUUUUAUUUUCACACGUUUCUAUCUAUUGUCCCUGUUUGUAAUUUUAUCCUCCAAAAAAGUUGAUCAUGAGGUCUUUAUUGAUUUUAUUUCAACAGCUGAGCAUCGAAAUUGGAACGGAAGUCAAAUACCACAACAAAAUGCUGAAUGAAAUGGUGAGUUUCACUUUCUUUUCUUACUGAUUAUACACACUGCUGCAAUAUACAAGCAAAAGAAGAGUUGAUAGACUCUCUGCUACAAGGUAACAAUUCUUUAGUGUUCUAAGCACAAGAAGGAGAUCAUCAUAAGGUAUUUUGCUGCAAUAUUUUGUCAUGUAAUCAUCUGUCUUACUGUAUGAUAACUGCAUUAGACCUGGAGGUUAUAAUAACAGUGUGUAGUGUUGAAGAACUACCAAUUAAUACUUCCCCAAAGUAGUUUAACAAUUUCCUUGAGGUUCCUCCUCUGUUAAUCAGAGGAGCAUUUCCUGAUAGAUAUACUAUUUAGGUGUAAUGACAUGUCUGGAUUUUUAACUAGUAUAUUGAUCAAUCUUUCCCCCACCAGGACUCAGACUUUGACUCCACAGGCGGCUUGCUUGGUGCCACCAUCGGCAGAGUGAAGCAGCUGUCCAGAGGCAGUCAGACCAAACUGUUGUGCUACAUGCUGCUCUUCUGCUUUUUCGUCUUCUUCAUCCUGUACUGGUUCAUCAAGCUAAGGUGAUAAAGGAACUCCACAUCAUCCCCCCCGUUGCCUGUGCCAACUGAUCCAUCUUAAAACCAGAGUAACACAGUUAAGAAGAGAGAAGACAGGGCGGCGUGACUGCCCAGGUGUCUGAAUAUUUCAUAAAAUGACUCUAAAGAUAAGUAAUUUAAGAGUUCACUGGUGUUCAGUGAGAGGCUUUGGCACAUUUAUUUACCCUGUGAGGUAGAAAUUAUGGUCGUCAGAGGUACUAUCAACCAGAAAAUCUAUGUAUGUGAUAACAUCCCAUUGAAUGCUGAUGAAAAAGAUUGGAACAAUUAACUGUAAGAAGCAAGACUAUACUACCAGUGUCCGAACCUUGACUUUGAGUGGGCACAAUGUCUACAAGGCAGUAAGAAAACAGUUAGGUUCAUCUCAUGUUGUGUUUUAGUCAUUAAUUAAAAAAGAGAAUUCUAUAUGAAACAUAAUAUAGUCAUUGCUAUGAGAGUGAAUUGAUAUAUUACAUCAACUUUCACCCUUACAAUAACUAAGAGUAGCAAUGGUCCGUAUUGUUUUUCCACUUUGUUGUAAAAAGCGUUUUUUAAUGUAAAUAAAUACAUUUUAUGCUCUAAAGUGA